UUUUUUCCGUUGGUGCAUCUUGUAUGCCUGAGAGAUGAUGAGACGAAUACCUAUGAAUGCCAUGGAUCGAAUUGUUUUUUUAGAAAAGAAAAAACUUGCCCCGUCGCAAUUCUCGUAAAGGGCCAUCCUUAUAAGGAGUCAUGUUCGAUGUCGCUCAAAUAUGUGUGA